AUGGCCGACGGCGCAAGCAGCAGCGGCGGGGCGCAGAACGGGAGUGAGUCGGUGGUGAUUGACUACGGCCGGCGCCGCACAACCUGCGGCUACUGCCGAUCCUCCGGGUCCACGAGCAUCUCCCACGGUACCGAUUUCCGAACCCCGUCCGAUGAAACUGAUUCGCUCUGCUUCGACCUGUAUGGGAUCCUCAAGCUUUGUUGCGCGUGGAAUCGCCCGUAG